AUGUUAUAUAUAUCUACAGUUGUUGAUGGUCGUGUACGUCGUAGACGACGUCAACUACCAUCAAAUUCUGAUUCUCAAAGGUCAUAUCCUUAUUCAAGUAGUAAUUAUGGAACAGGAAGUUAUUAUCCAUCGGGUGGUCAAUAUUCUGGAAGCUAUCCAUAUAAUACUUACGGAGGAGGUUCUAUGUAUGGUACAAAUUAUGGUACUGGUAUGAGUCCGUAUGGUACUGGUAUGAGUCAGUAUGGUACUGGUAUGAGCCCGUAUGGUACUGGUAUGAGUCCGUAUGGUACUGGUAUGAGUCCGUA